GCAGGGCAGAGCAAGCAGGCAGAGGCAGUGGAUGUUUUCUUUUCCGUUUUUCUUUUUUAUUUUAUUUUUGUUCGAGGAGCAACGAAGAAGAUUGCCGCAAAUACAACCCUAUCCAAAAUCUUAAUAUACCCCUUUCGUCUUCCCAUUUGCAUCCAGUUUUCCAUCUCCAUUUUAGAAGGUGGGGAAUGAAGCAGAGGUGAUUUUGCAUGGGUGACGAUGCCAGAAUUGCGUAGCGGAGCACGGAGAUCAAAACGGCUUGGCGAUCUCCAACCUGACCCUCAAACUGCUAACCAAGCCGAUAAUCUUCUUGCACCUGCUCAGGCUAGAACCAGAAGGAGAGGACGAGGGAGAGGCAAUGCAACUGCCGUAGCAAGAGGGCCUUCUGCAGCAACACCCUCUAGGCCAACUGCUGCUGGUAGAGGCAGAGGGGUUAGGUUAGUAGAUUUAGAGCCAGAGCAACCUGGGGGGGUUCUUCCUCAAACAGUUGGUCUUGGAGCUCCCGAAGCUGCGGUUAAGAGAUUGGAGGGUGCCCAAAAUAAGGAUAAUAUCAUGGCUGGUGGGAGUCGGGAUAAAAUAAUGGGAGUUGAAGAAGACGCAAGUACAACUCCAGUGCCUGAGAGGGUACAAGUAGGUAACUCGCCUCUGUAUAAGACAGAAAGGAAAUUAGGUAAGGGUGGAUUUGGGCAAGUUUAUGUCGGCAGAAGGGUUAGUGGAGGCACCGAAGGACCUGGGCCAGAUGCUAUUGAGGUUGCGUUGAAGUGUGAACAUCGGAGUAGUAAGGGCUGCAGUCAUGGCCCUCCAUAUGAAUGGCAGGUGUACAAUGCUCUGAAUGGAUGUUAUGGGAUCCCAUGGGUCCACUACAAGGGUCGGCAAGGAGAUUUUUACAUUCUGGUCAUGGACAUGCUCGGACCUAGUCUUUGGGAUGUCUGGAAUUCUUUAGGCCAAUCGAUGUCUCCAGGUAUGGCGGCUUGCAUUGCUGUUGAGGCUAUAUCAAUUCUUGAAAAGCUUCAUAUGCAUGGGUUUGUUCAUGGAGAUGUGAAGCCAGAGAAUUUUUUACUUGGUCAGCCAGGGACUGCUGAGGAGAAAAAGCUAUAUCUCAUUGAUCUUGGUCUAGCUUCAAGGUGGAAAGAUGCAUCAUCUGGUCAGCAUGUUGAAUAUGAUCAGAGGCCAGAUAUAUUCAGAGGCACAAUAAGGUAUGCAAGUGUUCAUGCACAUCUGGGUCGUACAGGGAGUAGGAGGGAUGAUCUUGAGUCACUUGCAUACACCCUAAUAUUUCUCAUUAAGGGGAGGUUACCAUGGCAAGGUUAUCAGGGCGACAACAAGAGUUUCCUAGUCUGUAAGAAGAAAAUGUCCACUUCUCCUGAGUUAAUGUGCUGCUUUUGCCCUGCUCCGUUCAAACUGUUCCUUGACGCUGUUAGUAAUAUGAAGUUCGACGAGGAACCAAAUUAUUCGAAGCUGAUAUCACUUUUUGAUACUCUUAUUGACCCUUGCGUGUCUCUGAGACCAAUAAGAAUUGAUGGAGCUCUCAAGGUUGGUCAAAAGCGUGGAAGGUUGCUCUUAAACUUAGAGGAGGAUGAGCAGCCGAAGAAGAAAAUACGACUUGGUAGUCCCGCUACUCAGUGGAUUUCAGUGUAUAAUGCACGUCGCCCAAUGAAACAGAGAUACCACUACAAUGUAGCAGAUUCGAGGCUAUGUCAGCAUGUAGAGAAGGGCAAUGAAGAUGGUUUAUAUAUUAGCUGUGUGGCUUCGGCGACAAACCUUUGGGCCUUGAUCAUGGAUGCUGGGACUGGGUUCAAUGCACAAGUGUAUGAACUUUCAGCUGUCUUCCUUCAUAAGGAUUGGAUAAUGGAACAAUGGGAACAAAAUUAUUACAUCAGUUCUAUAGCUGGUGCAGCUAAUGGAAGUUCACUGGUUGUCAUGUCUAAAGGAACUCCUUAUACUCAGCAGUCGUAUAAAGUUAGUGAGUCCUUUCCUUUCAAGUGGAUAAAUAAAAAGUGGAAAGAAGGUUUCCAUGUCACAUCCAUGACUACUGCUGGAAGUCGCUGGGGUGUUGUGAUGUCUAGGAACUCUGGAUAUUCUGAACAGGUUGUGGAGCUCGACUUUCUCUAUCCCAGUGAAGGAAUACAUCGCAGAUGGGAAAAUGGUUACAGAAUUACUUCCAUGGCUGCAACUGCUGAUCAAGCGGCCUUUACGCUGAGUAUUCCUAGACGCAAAGUAAUGGAUGAGACCCAGGAGACCCUCCGGACAUCUGCAUUUCCAAGUACUCAUGUGAAGGAAAAAUGGUCGAAAAAUCUCUACAUCGCUUCGAUAUGUUAUGGUCGAACUGUAUGCUGAAUGUGUAUCUUGAAGGGGGAGAGGUUGGAAGCUGAGAUAUAUGAUUGAAUUUAAUUAUUGUGAUAACAAAUGUGUAAUCGUGUAAACUUUGGAAAUUGUUUUCUACAAAAUGACUGGAAACAACAAAGAAUAUUGGUGAUGGAAAAAAGCUGUAAACUGGCGUAGCCAUGUGCUUUGCCAUUUUUUUGUUUUAAAUUUAUCUGUGAUGAAUUGUGGAUCA